AUGACUUCAAAUUAUUGUUUAGAAAUAGUUUUUAUUAUCGGCCUUGUUCUUGUAUGCACUAAUGCUGAGGGAAAGAUCUUCAAUGUCCUUUCCUAUGGUGCUAAAGCAGAUGGAGUGACAGAUGAUAGUAAGGCAUUUUCGAAUACUUGGACGGAUGCAUGCAAAUGGAAUGGAAAAGCCACAUUGUUGAUACCUUUAGGAGUAUACAAGGUACAUGCUACAAAUUUUAGUGGACCAUGCAAAGAAUUCGCCUUGACCUUCCAAAUCAAAGGAAUUAUUAAAGCUCCAUCACACCCUACACUAAACUGCAAUAUGUCUUGGAUUUCUUUUCAAUAUAUGAAUGGAUUAGAAAUUGGAGGAGGCGGAACGUUAGAUGGACAAGGACCUUCUGCUUGGGGAAAGCAUCACUGCAAAAAUCUUCCUUUAACACUAGGAUUCUCUUUUAUCAACAAUGCGGUUGUGCGUGACAUACAUUCAAUCAAUAGCAAGCAUGUACAUUUCAAGGUCUUUUCUUGCAAUAACAUGACAUUUAGUCAUGUUAACAUAACGGCACCAGGCAACAGCCCUAACACGGAUGGCAUUCACAUUGCCCUGUCCACCAACAUUCAUGUCUUGGAUUCCAACAUUGGCACCGGAGAUGAUUGUAUAGCUAUAAUCACAGGAAGCAAAAAUAUCAACAUUUCAGGAGUCACUUGUGGCCCUGGCCAUGGAAUAAGCAUUGGUAGCUUAGGAAGUUCACCAAAUGAAGUUGUUAAGGACAUACAUGUCAAAAAUUGCACUCUCAUUGCUACUCAAAAUGGAGUGAGGAUUAAAACUUGGGGAUCAUCGGAUGUUGGUAACGUUACCCAUAUAACUUUUGAAGAUAUUGUCAUGAAAAGAGUUUGGAAUCCUAUGAUUAUUGACCAGCACUAUUGCCCGAAUCAUAAUUGCAGCAGUCAGGAAAGUUCAGUACAAAUCAAGAACGUGACAUUCAAAAACAUAAGGGGAACUUCAAGUUCACGGGCAGCAGUUACUUUAUAUUGCAGUGCAUCAUUUCCUUGUAAAGAAAUCAUCCUUAAUGAUAUCAACUUAGUCUACCAUGGCCCUCAUGAACCUGCGAUUGCAUCCUGCACUCACGCCAAAGGGAAAGCCACCGGCAAGGAGUUGCCUCCAAGUUGUUUAACGAAAUCUCUCAAUUCAUGA